UGUGAAAGCCAGCACUGUGUUGGAGAGCAUAGUUGUAUGAAACAGUGCGAUGGCUGGACUGGUGUUCGGUUUUAAUGCAGGAGGAGAAAUCGCAGGAUAUAUGUGUUUAUAUUUUAAUCGCAGCUGAAUGAGCUCACAGCUCAUUUAUGAGAAAAUGCACCGCAGAGGACUUUUAUUCAUUUUUACAACCUGCUUCAUCCUCGGGCUUGCUAGCCAUGAGUCCAGAGGCCCCAGUCGCUCAGCUCGUUCAGCACCCACCACCAUCAUCAGAAGGAAAGAUGUCCCUUCCAGUGCCAGUGAAUUUGAGGAUGACUUGGACAUUCUAAUAGAGGCAUUACAGUCUCUGAAAAGCACUGAACCCAGAGUUCAGGACCAGAUCAAUGUUAAGACUGGGUACCAUUCAGAUCUCCAUCCAUCACAAAACACUAAAAAGACGAGUACGACAGGGGCAUCUAGCCGCGCUGCAACAAAUAUAAACCUCAACACUUAUUUAAAUGUCUUCAGCAGCUUGUACUCCAUCUAUCAGCCCGUUCUGGUGGAAAGUUUUCUCCAGAACCUUCCUCAAGCUUUUGUUUGUGUGCUGGCAGACAAAACACAGUGCGGAUGGCAAGCAGAUUUAACAAGGACAUUAUCAUCCAGGUUAAGCGGACCAGUGCUAGACCUCCUGUCAUCCCUUAAAUCUCAGACAUGUCCAUUCACUUCCAGUGGGACUCUCAGAAUGGCAGACUCCACUAUGACUCAGUUAAGUGCCUUUCAGGAGCUGAUUACAGCUACUCUGUCCUCGAGCUUCUAUUUGUACCACUCUGAUAACUUUCUGUCUGCAUGGAGUAGUUUUAUGGAUCUGACUUUUCCCUCAGUGGCCUCUUUCAUUUCUGAUUUAAUGAUGAACUUUUUACAAACGCUUGUGGAUUUCCUAACCAUUGGACUCCAGCUGGGUGUUGACAUCCCUUCCUUGGACCAGAAUCAGCAGUGUCAGCAAGGUGACCUAAAGCAACUUUUGAUGUGGGGCAUGAACCACAAUAUAAAUUGGUCCUUUGGAGACUCAAUCUUGAACAUGUUUCUGGCACUUGAUAUCAAUCCAUGCAGCCCUACAGACACAGGAUGCCAGAUUACACCACCUAUCCAGUUUGGUCGAGCCAGCGCAUCCCCAGGAAACAAUCCCAUGACACUGACGUGCGACCAGCAGGAUGUGACCCAGCUCAAUGACACCCUCUGUUCAGACAUUUUAGCCAACCUGUCUCAGGUUCCUGAUGUUCUAUAUGGUGUGUGCAAAUCUUUAAGCACCCUUUCCCACUCUGAGCUAAUCCAGGUGUGGAAAAACACUUGUGAGAUGGUCCAGCUUGUCUUUUCACCACUGCUGGAACCCUGCCCUUCUUUACCGCCUCAAUCAAGCAGGCGAAUGGCAAGGGCUGCGCUUAGCCUCAGUCAAAUGUUCUGCAACUAUGACAACUGGACCACCGUGGAAGCCAUCGAUCCGGCUCUAGUCACAAUGUGUAGCGACAAUGACCCUGAAGCGUUCCUGCAGGGUGUGUGUAAUAAUGUUCCUGUCAUGCAACACCUCAUCGCAAACCCUAGCAAUGCCUGGGUUUGGGAAUACUGUGCGAAUGCUUCCGAUCGAUAUAUGAUCGUGCAGUACUGCUUUUAUGAAACGUGGAGUCCUCAAACACUAGAGCCCUCCAUUGUGGUUUUGUGCUGGAACAAUGAUCAGAUGAGAAUGGAGACUUUUCUUUGUCAGAGUUUGGAUUUUUACAUCACCGUAUUCUCCAACCCAGAAAACAGUUGGUUAAAACCUAACUGCAGUGAGGUGCCUACUACCGCACCAGUGGACAUUCACACCCUUGUAGCAGAAUCAUGUAGGUACUCAGAAUGGCGCAACCUAAAGACAAUUACCAUAGAUACAAUAUCCCUGUGUAUACAAAAUGACGAGUUUCGAUUCGUUCAUGAGGUUUGUGCCAAUAGCACAAUCCUUUCUGCACUUUUGCUUAAUGAUGCAAAUGUUUGGGUGGGAGCGUACUGUGCUAUCAUUAUCAAAAAUCCUCCAACAAGCCCACCAGCACUGUCCAGCAUCACUGUUUCUCCAAUUCCCCCACCAUACCCCUCUUCUGUUACUAGUACUACAUCUUCUAACACAACUGGCCCAUUGGUCCCAUCAUCAACAAUGUCCAUCAUUUCUGUUUCUCCUACAAAUUCCCUAACCGACAUGACAGGGACCUCUACUAUCGCUCUUUCUAGCAAGACUUUAAACAUUUCUUCCUCAAGUCUCCCACAAACAGUCAUGCCAACAGUUUCCAGCCUUACUCUUUCUCCCACUGCCCCUUUGACUUUCUUGUCAACGGAGUCCAUCAUUAGUAUCUCUCCAACAAAAGUCUUGCCAGUGGCCUCAAGCAGCACUCUCUUUUCCCCAGUAUCCUCUAUUGUCUCUCCAACAAUAUCCUCAAUCUUCAGCUCUUCUAAAACACCUCCUUUGACUGUUUUGUCAACAGUCUUUAGCAGUACCCUUUCAGCUUUAGCUCCAUCAACAGCUCCACCAGUAGUAUAUUCUAGUUCUACAUCCAGUACGACUAUCUCGGCCAAAAUCUCUGCAACUGUCUCCACAACAGCAUUGCCCCCUAUCUCUAGCUCUGUUUUCCAAACCAUUUCUUCAACAGUUUCUAGUCUUCCUCUUUCUCCCACAGCCCCUUUGACUUUCUCUUCAACAGGUUCCAUCAAAAACUCUCCAACUGUCUCCACAACAGCGUUGCCCCCUAUCCAUAGCACUGUUUUCCAAACCAUUUCUUCAACAGUUUCUAGUCUUCCUCUUUCUCCCACAGCCCCUUUGACUUUCUCUUCAACAGGUUCCAUUAAAACCUCUGCAACUGUCUCCACAGCAGGGUUGCUCUCUACCUCUAGUGCUGUUUUCCCAACCAUUUCUCCAACCGUUUCUAGCAUGAUGAUUUCCCCCACAACCCUUCCAACCACCCCUCCUGCAAUUCCUAGCAUCGCUGAUUUGUGUAAAUAUUCAUCAUGGGGAUUUUCACUCUUGGAUUCAUCAAUAGUAGGUCUCUGUUGGCAGCUUGACAUGGCAGCAUUUGAUCUAAAUGUGUGUUGUAACACAUCACUAUUUGAGCAUCUAAUUCUCAAUCCCGAGAACCAGUGGCUAAAAUCUGUGUGUCACAGUAACGACACAACUGACUUGUUGUCCCAAGUUUGUCUGUAUGCCGACUGGAGGCAGCCAAGCAUUGUAGACAUGGCUGACCUCGCUCUCUGUGCUGAUCUUGACACAGUGAACUUCAUACAAAAAGUAUGCAACAAUACAGUUGUGCUGCAGAAUCUUCUAGCCAAUUUGGAUAACAUUUGGUUGCUGGAGCAGUGCACUAACCUUACAAAGAGUAACGGCAGCUUAAUGGGAUUCGUGCCCUCCACCGAAUGCCGGUAUUCCAGCUGGGCUACCACAUUCCCAGAUGCGGCCCUUCUUGCCCUCUGUUGGGACUAUGACCAAGCAAACUUUAUCUCCUCAAUCUGUAUGAACCCUGCCAUGCUCUCUUACAUCAUCAAGGAGCCUUCCAGCCUCUGGGUGAGCACAAUGUGUACCACCUUCACAAACUACACUAAGAUCCCCAAAAACAACACCACCAGUACAACCACAAACGCCUCCAAUGAUGCCGGACCAUGCUUGGUUAAAGAGCUUCUGGACAGGUUCAACUGGUCAUGCAGCAUAGACGUGACCUCAGCUUGUCAGGCCGGGAUCACUCAGUUACAGGGGUUGCAGUUAGUCUUUCGGUGUGGGGUGGAAGUCCUCCUGCCCCGUUUUCAGACCAUGGAACCACAGGUUGCUCCAGUAAUCAGGCAGGCUACCAGUGUAUGGGUGGUCCUACUGCUAGUUCUUGAGGAGAACGCAAUGACAACUCUAAGGGUGACGGAAAACAUCCAGCAAAGUGUUCUGGAUUCAGUGUCUACCUACCUGGAGAGGGAAACAAACUUUGACAACAAGCAAGUGUUGCUACAAUGCUUUGGGAAAUUGUUGACCAGCCUGAUGCAAACAGGAAGAGAUGCGACCAGUAGUACGUCUUUCCUUAUCAAGGAGUAUUUCCGUAUUCCUCUUGCGAGUCUGAGGGCGGUGUUCACUGCAGUAGACCCCAGCACCAUGAGGCAGAUUUUACAAUAUUUCAGCCGGAACCAGGCUACCCUGCAGCUCUCUGAUGAGUAUUUGCGUACAUUGGUGAAUGUACUGAUCCUAGUCCAGCUGAGGCAAGAUCCAACCCUAUUGAUUGACAUGAGCCCUCUCCUGAACAUGGCGACACCAGAGGACAUCAUCUCACUUCCUCCAUUACAGAACAAUGUCAAUGUAGUGAACUUCAUUAACAGCAUCAUCAACAGCCUGUCCCUGGAGCAGCGGCAGAGUUUCGGCUUGUGGUUCAGCCAGUCUGUCGGUCAGGCCAACAUGACGAGCGGCGGCUUGUCCUUCAUCCGAGACAACGGCAACCUGAUCACGUAUCUGCCGUUCCUCAGCUUCCAGCAGCUCUCACCUGCUCAGCUCUUGAAUGGUCUGGAUAUCUUAAUGAGGAAUGACUUGGGGACAUUGAAGCAGCAGUUUAUAGCUCAAAGUGUCAUUGCAGCAUAUAAGAACCUCACAAUGGACCAGUUCAAAAGGUUGGGCACUCUGACAUGUCAGGCUAAACUGAAUGACCUGCUAGGGUAUGUGGGCACAGACGUCUUCCCAGUGAUCCAGGAAAACAUCAGGACGUGUGUAUCACAGGGCAUCAGCAUCACUAGCACCAUGAUAUCUAGUCUGUCUCUGAACUCAUCUGAUGUGCAGUCCCCCACCUCUCUCAGCUCUGAGAAGAUCUCCCAGCUCGCCCCGUUCCUGCCCCUUCUGGGCUCUAACUUCCUGCAGCAGCUCAGUCCUGCCCAGCUUAAGCCUGCUCUCAGUGUACUGGAGUCUGUGCCCUUCUCACCUGUGCAGGCUGCUGUGAUCAUAGACAAGCUAUCCCUAAACUUGUCUGUGUCAGGUUCUGGAGCUCUGUCGACACUAAGGUUUCUGGCGAGUGGAGUGAGUGUGGAGACUCUGUGGGGUUUACCCUCUGAUGUGCUGCUAUCUGCCCUGUCCAACUUCAGCCAAUACUCACCCCAGCUGACCCCUCCACAGCUCAACGCUAUUUCCUCCAAAGUCUGGGGUAAUCCAUCAGUGGUCGGGUCUCUGAAUAAUUUGGAUCCUCUGCUGUUCAGCACGCCGCUGCUGAAUGUAAUUCCCCGAACAACCCUAAUUUUGUUCAAUGGCUCCUCUCCAUACACACGUACUUGGAACACACAACAGGCCAAAACCUUAUUCAACAGCGCUUUAAUUUCCAUGCGAAGUCUGUCAACACAGCAGUUCAUGACUCUGGGGACAGUUGCUCAAGGCGUGAGCUGUAAAGUUUUGGUGCAGCUGAUCCAGAAUAAUCCAACAGUUUCAUCCAUGAGAGACAUUCUGAGAGUUCUGAAAAAGCAGCCAGUGUCACUCCACCCAUCACUGAAAAAGUGUGUGAUUGAAGAACUGUACAAGUUUGCCUUCUUCUCCGACCUGCUUGGGGACAUGAGUGCUGAGAUUGCUCUCUCGAUCCCGAUGAGUACCAUAAAGAAGUUCUCUGUGGCGAUGAUGGACACCCUGAGGAACAUUAUCGUGCAGGAUCCACAGCACUUUCUGCUCAUGCCCAACACUAAGCAGGCCAUCCUUGUGGACAAGAUAGUUCAGCGGCUGGAUAUGCGCACUGGCAAGUACACAGAGGAGGAGUUCCGGUCGCUGGGCAUUAUGGCGCCGUUUGUGGUGGACGAGGUUUUUGCACAGCUGGACAGGACCUUCCUUCUGAACAAUAUGGAGUUUCUGAGAGGAUUCUGCUAUGAUAGUAGCAAACAAGAUAUGAUAGCCUCAAUGCUACUGGAAUCUAGCACAUUUGGCCCAAUCCAAACCUGGACAGCUGCCACCAUCAAUCAAGUGGAUAGGUUCCUGUUCUACGUCUCAAGAGAGAACCUCCAACUACUUUCUUCGGAUUUGCUGAAUCAGGAGCGGAUUGAGCGUCUGUUCUCGAGUCAGCGGCAGUGGGAGAGUGGAGCUGUGGGCUCUCUCUGUGUACAGGAGAGCUCUGUGAUCUUCAACAAGCAGCAGUUUUUGCUCCAGUACUUCUUAGGAUUCCUGAAACCGGGACGCAAUGUGAGUCCAGUGCUGACCUGUGAGAGUCUGCACCUGACCCAGCCCUCUGCCUGGCCUAUUAGCAGCAUAACAGACAUGUCCUCCACGUCAUUCAAGAGAUGUCUGGAGCUCAUCGGCCAGGAUCCUUACUUCAGCCCCUUCCAGCUAUCCCUGCUUCUCCGCAAAACUAAAGAUGUGUAUGGUGCAGUCUCCACUUUCAGUCCAUUCCUCACGGCUCAGCUGGGGAACAUCGCUACACAGCUUUCAGUGGAAGAACUGGCUUUACUUAACCUGUCUGAUAUACGAACUGUAUCACCACUGGGAGCUGUUAUUAGCUGGACGAAAAAGCAGUCUGGGGUGUUAUUCUCUGCCAUGCUGAACUCCACUAAAAAAAACCCUAGCCAGCUGGACUCCAGCUCCUUCAUCGCCCUGGGAAACAUUAUUUGCGGAAUUGAUGCUGCCACAAUCCGUAAACUCAAUCCUGUAGAGUUCAGUAAAGCGUCACUGUGGCUCGGCCAACUGAACUUAACCUGCUCUGAAGACCAGCUCCAGGCAAUCAUCACACUGUUGAGCCACAGUUUGGCUUUUGGACCAAUCAGCUCAUGGGGACCGGAGGUCUUCAUUGAGAUUGGAGCGUUUGCUGCUGGCAUUCCAGACAUGGCUAUGUCCGCCAUGGUCAAGGAGCAGAUUGAAGGAAUCACCCCACUUGCUAUGUCUCUGAUUCCAGCCAACAAGUUUGCAGUCGUUUUUAACCAGGUGCAGAUUAGUGGGUUUUCCUACGAGCAGGCUGCAGCAAUCACUCCAGCACAGCGCUCCACACUGAGUGCUGUCCAGGAGACUGCACUGUCCAUGGUGCUUAACCCCCUGGAUGACAAACCUGUGGAUUUCAGAGGAAGGUCAUUUGGGGUCGCAACAGCCGUGUCUCCCCUCUGCCAUCUCUGCAGCUUGCUGGUGUUGCUGUUGACAUUUCUGAUCAGUGGCCCUCUGUGAUGAACCAUCUCUCACUCUUGUGGAGAACUGUAUGAGACAUAGACAUUUGUGCAGUGGACUUUGCUAAAGAAGUGCAAUAUUCUGUUUAUGUGUUCAUAACAGCACUUUAAGCUGAUCACUGAAAGAUAUCACCUCAUGGGGUAUAUGUGUGAAAUGCUAUCUUAGAAAUGUCUGAUCAGCAUGUUAUUUAUAUAUACAGCUCUGGAACAAAUUAAGAGAAAAUUCAGUUACUGAAUCAGUUUAUCUAAUUUUGCUAUUUAUAGGUAUAUGUUUGAGUAAAAUGGACAUUGUUUUUGGUUUUAUAAACUACAGACAACAUUUCUCCCAAAUUCCAAAUAAAAAUAUUGUCAUUUAGAGGAUUUAUUUGUAGAAAAUGAGAAAUGGCUGAAAUGACAAUAAAGUUGCCGAGCUUUCAGACCUCAAAUAAUGCAAAGAAAACAAGUUCAUAUUCAUAAAGUUUUAAGAGUUCAGAAUCCAAUAUUUAGUGGAAUAACCCUGUUUUUUAUCACAGUUUUCAUGCAUCUUGGCAUGUUCUCCUCCACCAGUCUUACACACUGCUUUUAGGUAACUUUAUGCCGCUCCUGGUGCAAAAAUUCAAGUAGUUCUCCAUCAUCCAUCUUUCUCUUGAUUAUAUUCCAGAGGUUUUCAAUUUGGUAAAAUCAAAGAAAGUAUGAUUUUUAAGUGGUCUCUUAUUUUUUUCCAGGGCUGUAUAUAUUUAUUUAUUUUCAGAAUUCUGAUAUUUAUUCGGAUGUCACGUGGUAUGUUCUCAUCCAAACAGGGUCUAGAUUUGAUUGAUGUCCUGCCUCUAUUAGAUGACAUUGUAAUCAUAUUUAUACUUUCUACAGUAUGGUAUUAUUUAAAAAGAUUGUAAUGGUAUUGUUGCUGCUGUGCCUUCUGGUCUCUGAGAAUGUCUCAACCUGAGCAGAAAAGUUAUGGACGUUUCUCCAAAACUGUAUUCUUAACUAAACUGAUCACAGAAAUGUAAUGUAUUAUGGUUAAUGCAAGAUUGUUUAUUGUAAGCUGUGUGAGGGUUGAAAUGUGUUAUGUAUAUGAAAUCAAUUUUUGAAUGAAUGAAUAUGAAAGGUAUCUGCUCUAUUUAAUUGUUUUGAUCACAACACUGUUUUGGUACACUGACAUGCGAAAAUCCAUGGUACAGUAGUAUGCAAACUGAUUGUAAAGUAUUACCUCAGGGGACGGCUUGGAAACACCCAUACCUGUAUAAGUAGUGGGGUGUGGCAUGAUCAUGCCAAGGCAAUGUGAAUUAUCAGGGUUCAAGGAAGGCCGGAUUGUGGGUCCUUUUCCGAAGUUGUGCAGAAAUGUAAUCCCUUCUCAAUCCACAGAAUCACAUGUCAACAGGGAGUACAUGAUAAAAGUUAUUAACACCCACAGUGGAUGGCACAUUGGGUGAUAAUGAUGGUAGUGGCCUAUGAUGUCUGGCUAGAACUGUCAAUGUGAAAAGACAAAUGACCAUCACACGUCCUGCUGGUCAGUGCAGCAUUUUUUCGCUUUCAUAGGAUAUGCCGAAAGUCAUCGGACAUGAUACUAAUCCAGGUUAUUAGGCAUGUCAGUGUAUAAUUAUCAGUAUAUUCUAAACCCCCACGCAUAGACCUAAUAAUGUACAAAGCAAGUCCAGUCCACAUUGUAAUAUACAACAUAACUAAAGCUGAUUUUCGAGGGAACACAUGCACAGACACACGAGUGAGCAAAUACCACUGGUGAUACAGAUAUGGAGCACCUAGGGAGCAAAUAGGGUAAAUAUACCUGGUAACAGGCUCAACAGUGGCUUGUCAAACAACAACCCAGGCUACUUUUGAAUUAGGUGUCUAGUCUACCAGGCCACUGUUUUUGAGUGCUGAGCACAUUUUAAUGUUUUCAUGUAAAAAUCAACAGUUCAGUACUUUAAACCCAGGAGUGAUUUAUACUGUAAAAAGAUAUUAGUGUUGUACAAUUUUCAGAAUACUGUUGUAUAUUUAUUUAUUUAAGAGUCCUCUGGUUAUUAAAAGUCGGGUGCAUACAAAAAAGGUGUGAUUUUUAAUAAAGUAUUGACACUUCA